AUCGCGCGCUUAUUUAUCGCACGACAUUUCAAUCCAACGGACUUUUAUCCGCGAUAACGGCGUAUUAAAAACGCCGUCGGAUUAUCUCGCCAAUCGGCGGUCGCGUCCGCGCGCCUUUGCUUGCGCGGAGACCCCGCGUACCGCCCCCUCAGUACGUUAUGGAAUGCGCGACGGGUAGCUACCGUGUUACGCGGCUCCGCACGAUGCCCGGCCGAGAAUGCACGCUAACAGACCGGAAUAUCGUGCGACGCGGCCGUGGACUUGACGUCUCACCGCCCGACAUCGGUCACGGUGCGUACGUCGACCGUUGGUCGCCCACACCGUUCCCCGAUCGCACGAGCUCCCGUAUUUUUCGUCAUCGUCGGUAGCACGUCGUAUACGUGGCAACAGCGUGUUUGGCUGCUGGUGUGUGCUGCCUGUGCGAACGUAGUGUGUGCGUGCUGCUCUGUCAUUUCUUCUAGUCGAGAGGAAUUUCGUCGGCUUUCGAUAGCGGACUGGCCGAUUGAGUAACAUUACACCCGCCGUAUCGUCCGCUCUUGAACAACAUCGGCGAACGGGACGAGGCCCCACUCGACGAGGUCGGAUCCCACCUCGGAGCACGUCUAGCAACGACAACGCUCUCGCUCCAUCAGCGUUGCAUCCGCUCGUCAUCCCGCGAUUUUCAUACCCGCCGAUCUGUGUUAAAGUUGAUUCGCUCCGAAUUUUGUUCCAAUUCUGACCUGCAUCGGCAAGAGCGUGCUUUCGACCCUAUAGCAUUAUAGCCUUCGUCGAAGAAUGCAUACGUGAACGUGCGAAUGUGGAAAUUAUUUACUUAUACGUCGCAUUGGAACUAGGAAACGUUCUCGUUUGUAUCCCCCGGUGUGGAUAGCCUCGGUGGGAAUUUAAUGCUGUAUUUCCAAUGGCCUUACGUACCUGGUAACUGCAAUGGGCUGACGCAGAAUGCGAUUUGUUUAUCGUUCUUCAGAUAUUCCUCUCUUUGCGGCGUCAUCCACAUGAGAGAGUUAACUUGAUGAAAGAGUUAAUGGUGCUUCCGCACAUUAUCAUCCUUAUCUUUCUGUUGAUACAAUGGAGGAACCGGUUAAGAAGAAACAGCGUAUUGAGAAUUGCGAGGAUACCAAGAACAGGCUUGCUGAAAUUGAACAGUUGCAAAGUAGCCUGCUUACACGAUGUUUGUGUUAUAUGCCAGAGAGCAGUUUGCGCAAACCAUUUAUCAAUACCACAGUGGAGGAAGUCGACGGCAGUAUCCGUUCCGCCGUUCUGUCCGAGUGGCAUACAGAUCAGAUCCUGGAGUUUCUGAGCGCUCUGCAGUUGCUGUUCGACUUAGCGAUCAAGCAAAAUAUGCGAGGUGUGAUGUGUAAAAGAGUGACGGAUGUUUGCGACGCGCUAGCGCGAAACGAGCACGGCAUUAUCGAUCAAAUCAUCGAUUUGUCCUAUACGUCCAACAAAUUCGUAUCGUUCGCCGGGAGUCGCGUGCUUGCAUCAUUUUUCAUCCUCACAAGGGAUAAUGUGGAGAUUGCCUGGUUGGAGAGGCUCAUGCAAUCUCUGGUAAAUACGCACUCGCCUAGCCAGAUGCUCUUCACUCUGGACGUGGUCAAGAGGGUAGUCGAGCACAAGGAUUGCAGUAUACAUCCAUUGGAGGAUGCGGAUGCAUCCGUAUCACCAGCCGGAUGCAAUACGCACAUCAUCUCCGAUACUGAAAGCUUCGACAGCACAGCGAUCAAGGCGAUGUGCGUAAAGGCACUGGAAUCCAAGUGGACCAUCCUCGUGUCCAAGUUCAAAAUCAUUCUCAGGACUUAUACACCGCAGCACGCAUCCGUUGUCAUCACGUUCCUGCAUCUAUGGGAGACCAUCAUUUCCGUCAAAGCUAAUCUAUCCAUCAUUGACACCAAGCCCUUCUAUUCUAAAUUGAACGAUCUCGUAUGGUUGCUCAACAGUAAUCUACCGGGCGUGAUCUGGCGACAUCUACUCGGUCUGUUCAAUGAGGUGCUGUGUUACGGUAGCACGUUAGCGCUGCAAGAUGUGCUGCCGGACGAACCAUGUUCCUUGGCGACCCUGAUCGUGCGCGUCGUCAAAGAUCAUCGGUUGCUUGACGCGUUACCGUAUCGUCAUGGUUCAGGUAGCUUCGGUGGCGGCACCGCUGAGGGUGAUCGUCCGCUGUUGCAGAAGAUGGUUUUGCUAGUGUUGAAAAGCGCAGCUGUAACAGUGCGGGAAACGCGCAGUGAUUCCAGUGACUCGUCCCUGGGUUCCGAAGCCGAAGAUCUCGACGAGGACAUGGCAGUAAUUGACAGGAGCAUCCGCGAAGUGCUGCGUCAGCUGGACCAAUGCGUAAAGGCGCUGAUGCCUUUCCAUCCGGAGAUGCCGCUGUCUCAGUGGGUCGUGCAGAUGUUUCACGAUCAAGAUGAUUUUUUGAUAGAGGGUAUGGUCUGUUGCCUGGACGUCGCCGUGGGCCUCUUCUAUCGCGGAUCACCGCAGAAUGGCCCGGUAUCAAGAUCGGUGCUCAGUCCGCUCAGACCCACGCUGACUUUUGUGCAAUUUAUCCACGUCGUAUCACACGACCCGGAUGUGCUGCUGGAUCUACUGGUUAGCAACGAGACCUGCUUUCUGCUGUACCUGUUGCGAUUCCUCAAGUACAUCAGACGCAAUUGGGGCGAGUUCGUCGAGUGCUGCGGUCGUGAGCUGGACGACACUAUGACGGUACUGAUAAGAUUACGGUUGGCCAUCGAUCGAUUGGUAUCUAAGGCGUUAUUCCCGUAUAACAUUAGUCCGGUUCUCCGUCUGCUCGAGAAAUGCGAAUCCUUCUACGAGGGUAACGUAGAGAACGGUAAUGCAUCCGUCAUGUAAGAUAAACGAGAGAUUCGAUUAGCCGCCAGGUCGAUCAAACAUGUACAAAUUGUACGAAUCUCUUUCGUUAGCUAGAUUUUUUCAUCUGUAAAAUAUUGCGUAUAGCUAUACAGAUCGCCGCAUUUCGUCUCAUAAUAAACAAGCGACUGAUUUGACUCGCCAUCAAUUGUCUUUGAAGUCUUAAGGAAGGUCAGAAAGACGAGCGCGUUUCUAUUUAUUAGUCCUUAGCGAAAUUUUCGAACGUAGCUGAAAUUGCGAGACGGAGGUACUUUCGUCUGUUCACGAAUCAGUGAAGUUUUGAGAGGAAUCAUGGACCAUAGAUUCAAUUAGACUAGUACAAAAAAGGGAAUUAACAAAACUCGUAACCAUCAUCUCAAAAUGAAACUGGAUUUGUGUGGUGCUAAUGAAGUA